AUGGCGACAUCUAAAACUUUACUACUUUUAGCAAAUAAAUUAGGAAUCGCCGAAGAAGGAAAACUUUUAAGCAAAGCUGCUGAACUGGAAAGAUUGUUGCAAAUGAAACUAACAGCAGGAAAUAAUCUAACCGACACAAGUAGAAUUGUAAUAUGUUUGGACUUAGCCGCGACGAUCUAUGGUGCUGAUCUUGAUCAUAAAACUGCUAUUAAAUAUUCUGGUCUAAAAGGACCAACCUAUACUAGCAGUAAGAAAAUGGUGGAAAAUCUACUUGAGCUGAAUAAUGACAAGUUGACAGUAUCGUCUCUUUGCCUGAAUUUCCAGUGCAAUGGGGUAAAAGGUCUUGCUGAAAAUAUUUUGCAAGAUAUUCAGAAGACUACAAAAAUGGAACUGGACAUGACGCUGCCUCAGUAUGCAUGCAUGGCUGUCUAUCAAGCUUGCAGAAUAAACAAGAUAAAAUUACCAAAGAGUAAAAUGGUGGAAAAAUCAAGAUUAAAACUGGGGCAGUGGAGUAAGUUGGAAGCGGAGUGGGCCAAAAUUAUUGACGAAAAGUUCGCGGUUGUCAUGAAGAGGGGCAGGCCUGCUAAAGUUAAAGUAGUUGAUGAUGAAAAAGCAAUGGAUAUCGACACAAGCCCAAAGAAAGAAAUAGUUAUCGAACGAAAAGUAGAAUCCUAUGAGGACUGGAAACGACGUAUGUUGGAACAAGCGUACAAAGAGCUAGAAGUGUUGGAGAAUGAGAGAAAGAUAAAAAAAUCAGUGACACGGCUAAGUAUUCACGAAGAGUCCCUGAGACGUUCUCCCAGGAAGACUCCAAUUAAAUCACCGCAGAAGACCCCCCAAAAGUUUUCACCCUAUAAGGGCCCUAGGAAAGAUGGCGUUAUACGUCUCGUUUUUCCUAAGGAUUUUUAA